GAAGACAACUUGUAGUUAAACUCGCAACGUAGGCAGACAAAAUCGGUCGUAUUAAAGAACAAACAAAAAAACUACAAUAAAUCUAAAAAGAAGUUUAAGUGAAAAGAUGAACAUUUUACUAAAUUUUAUUUGCAUUGUUGUCAUAGCAUUACAAUUAACCUGGGCUGCUCCAAUGCCUGAAACCACUACCAAUGGUCCAAUUAAGGCUAGUUACUAUCAAAAACGUUAUGACAUAUUCGAUUCAAUCCUUAAGGAAAUAAACAAUAGCACAGCCUCCAGCAUUAUGGCCAUGACCACAACCCAUGCCAGCAUACUAAAAGACUACAAUGAAUGGCUGACCACCCAUAAAGGUGAUAUUGACGCAGAUAAAUUAAAACUCCAUGAAAUUAUGGCUGAAAAUCUUAAGACUUUUGUUAAAACCAAAGAGAGCUUACAAAACGAUCCUCACAAUUGUGAAUUGCAACGAAAAAUGCAAACAACAUUCUUUACCGUUGAAAAUACCCGCAACACAAUCGGUGACAAGGAAGUCAAUCAGAUAUGGAAAACUCACCAGAAGGAUGUCGAAAAUAUGAAUGAUGAAGCAGAAAAAAAGGCAUUUUCAGAGAGAUUUUUUCCCGUAUUGGAAAAGGAAUUUGAAAGUUUUCUACAAAUGCUAGACGAUGCAGGAAAGGAGGAUAAUAAGGCGUUUAUAAAAUGGUACAAGAACUUCCAGUCGAAAACUGAUCUUGACGAAAAGUUUGAGGAGUUUGAAGAAAUCCAAGAUCUAUAUGAAGAAGAAUUGGAAAGAGAAACCAAAGCUGGAGAGGUAAAUUGUCGAUUGCUGGCCAAUCUCGAAUGGCAAGAAGAAAUUCUUAGAGGUGUUCUUACCGCAAUUGCAUCGGCUUUCAAGGCUUUGGGAAAUGCUUUAGAGAAAAAAUCGAACUAAAAUAA